AUGGGGAGAGGAAAUAAAGAAAAGGGGAAGAAUCCCAUUAAGUUGGCCAGAAAAAAAAAAAAAAAAAAUGCGGAAGGAAAUAGCAAAGGGGAAGAUAACGACAUGAUAAAUAGCGAAACGAAUGACCCAGCGUCGGAUGUUAUAGAAGAUAAUAAUGCACCCAGCGAAGGGGAAGAUCCUACAGGGACGCUCACUACUGCUUCCACAAGGGAGCUCCAAGGAGGCGGUGAAAAAACAUAUAAUCAGGGAGACGAAGAACAGAAGAACCCACUCAGUGACGUUUCGGCUAACCUGAUGAAAAAUAAAGUGAGCGAAAAAAGGGAAGAUCAUUUUAAAGACAAAAGUGAAAGUUAUUAUGCUUCUGGGAGGGAAGAAGUGGGAACCAAGGUUAAGUGCUCAAAUGGGAAUCCACAAUGUGACGAUCCUGUGAAGAGGAAUGAAAACCGAGCUGGAGAGGAGGCACAAGGGAAAUGCGUUAUCCAAUGUACAGACGGUAUUGCCACCCAGGAGGGAGGAAGUCUCCCAGAGGAGGGCCACGAAAAAAAUGAAGAAGAACCAAACAGAACUACCAGUAAAGGAUGUCUAGGCCCUUCAAAGGAACAGACACCAAAUGACUACGCAUGUAGUAGUGCACCUGACGGGGAAGACCCAAACAUACACCCUUCCGACGAGGAAAACAUUCCGCUAGAUGAACUACUCUACGAAACGACAGAAAGAGCUAAAAAGUACAACCGAACGAAUUAUGGACUCAUGGGUAUACUAAAGGUGAUUAGGAUGACGGACCCCCAAUUGAAUAUGCUCGCCUUAGGAACCGAUCUGACAACCCUAGGGUUGAAUUUAAAUUCGCCAGACUAUCUGUUCUCUUCAUUUACAUCCCCUAUAAGUGAAGACCCAACGUAUAAUGAGGACUAUUUUGUGAAACCCAGCUGUUAUUUAAACACCCGCUUUCAAAUUCGUCUGUCCCUACUUUUGAAGCUGCAAACAGAAACGCUGUUUUACAUUUUUUACAACUUACCGAGGGACGUACUGCAGGCUUAUGCUGCGUCAGAGCUUUACCUGAGAAAGUGGACCUAUCACAGGAAUUAUAAAAAAUGGUUUUUUCCAAAAAACUUGCUCCAUCAGGGUAACUUAAGCAGUUGCCGUUGUUGGAUUUACUUCGAUCCGGUUACCUGGACGAAGAAAAUGUACAACGACUUUUUAUGCGUUAAAGAUAUGAUGCAUGUGCAGGAUAUUACCAGGUGUAUUGAGCACAUAAUUCAGGUGCAAUCCAACUGUAGUGGCAAUUUUGCCGGUCCUCCUAAUUGUGGGAACCCGAGUCAAGGCGCUUCCUCCCAAGGGGAAAAAUCUUCCCCAGUUGGGGGUGCAGGCACCAUGGGCCCGCAAUAG